CUUGACGCACAAGAAUGUUUAUUGCAGCAUUGGUUUGAAGUAGUAAAAAAAAGGGGGGGAGAGGAACAGCUUGAAUUUCUGAAAUUAGGAGACUAGUUGAAUAAAAUAAAUAAUGUAUCCAUUCUAGAAACUAGUAUAUAGCUAUAAAAAUAAGUUAUAUAUAAAUGGAGUGAUCUGGAAGUUUGUCCAUGAUAACUUGUUAAGAGUCUCUUACAGAAGAUAACACGGUAGGAGCCAGUGUUCGAAACAUGGAGGUCACAUACGCACAUACAUCUUUGAACAUAUUUGUAUUAAUGUCAGAAAGUCUGGAACAAGACCACCAAAUUCUAACAACUGCUCGUUACGGGGUGGGGGUGGGUGGUUGGAGGGCAGAAGGGAAGACUUCUAUACUCUUCGACUUGCUGUUAACAGGUGGUAUUACUUUUAUAAUUUCACAAAACGAAACCCAACCCAACGCAGGGGGAUCCCCACCCCCCGCACCUCACCCAAACCUUCCUUCCCCAGGAGGAGACACUCUGCCCCUACAUUGCAGCCCAACAUCCAGCCAGAGGGUCUUGCCUUCCAAACAGCCAGCCUCAGCCAUCUACCUGCCUCCCAUCCUGGCGGCCCGGCCCCACCUCCGGCCUGCCAGCUUGUGCCAAGCCAACGGGGCCUACAGCCGGGAACCAUUCAAGCCUCAAGCCACCCGAGAUCUGGAGAAAGAGAAGCGAAGACUCCAAAAUAUUUUUGCCACUGGGAAGGACUCAGAAGAAUGGAAAAGAAAGCCCCCUCCCGUGCGACAAGAGGACUCAGCCCCCGAGCUGGACCGCUUUGAAGAAUUGGUAAAGGAAAUCCAGGAGAGGAAAGAAUUCCUGGCUGGCAUGGAGGCUCUGGGACAAGGCAGACAGUACCGAGGGAUCAUCCUCACUGAGAUCUCCCAGAAACUACGGGAAAUGGAAGACAUUGACCACAAGAGGAGUGAGGACCUUAGGAAGGCUCUUGUCACCCCUUGACCUGUCUCCAGAGACAGGGGCAGGGUAGCCCAUCCUGGACCACUGGAGCCUAGCCCCUGGCCAAGCAGAGCCAUCACCCCCCGCCCAAGUCAGCCCACCUACCCUGGCCUUCAAUCACAUCGGAUGGCUAUGCAGCCCUGCCUUGGCCUAGGGGACCCUGGGCACACACGGCACUCUGGAAAAUGGACCAACCUCAGGGAAUGGGCUCGUUCUCCUCAAGACUCUGCCCAGGGGGCCUAGGUC